AUGGUCGAAAAUGACGAAAACGAGGAUCCUGGGUUUCUUUUUGCUGUCUUCGUGUCGGGUCACAAGGUGAUCCUCGAAAACGAAGAUGACUUUCAAGCAAGUUCCCGAACGUACAAAAGCAAGAAUGGGGACUUUAUCGCCUACGACCAGUUGUUUCCCGGAAGAAAAAUCUUGAAAUGGAAGAAAGGGCCAAGAAAAUUCUUCCCGGCCACAGUUGAAAAACAGCCUUUGACUGAACCAGGGUACAAGAAAGUGAAGAGUUUGAAGGAUCAAAGUCUCGAAGUUUUGACAUCCAACGAAGCCGCCAACAAAAUUCAAAAGAAUAAGAGAAGCAUCGAAGAUAUCACGAGGGUUCUUCGACAGAAAGCUCAAGAGAAAAAGGUUACGGAGAAAGAGAUUAUUUCAAAGAAAUUGGCUGAACCAGCACCAGUCCAAAAAGUCCGUGUUCCCGAAGAAAAAAAGAAUGAAGCGAAGAAAGAUUCAACAGGAACCAAAGAAUGGCUUCAGAUGGUCUUCAACGCUAUUGAAGCACGGCUUCAAGGUCACAAAAAGAAAAAGCAAACGAAAGCGCACAGACAAGAGUGUGAAGCAGUUAAAAAGCAAAUCAGAAACAUCAAGAAGAUGCACUCGAUGGGCAUUGUGGCACCUCUCGUGGUUCGUCAAGAAGCCACGCAUCUUCUCCUGGAAGUUUAUCCAAAAGAAAUCCGCCAAAUCGAGGGCUUUUUCAUCGAUACCUCGCCCGACUUCAGCGCCGAGCAAUUAGCAUUCAUGACCAAAGAGCUAGCCAAAAGAUCGCCUUCGAAGACGGUCUCAUCAAAUUCGCCCAAGAACGACGAAUUAAAAAAGAACAACAAAAAUUGA